CGAAAAAGAAAUUCCACUUAACAACGUUAUACUCUUUAGCCGUUAAUUAACCAUGCUUCUUAGUUCUCAAAAACUUGUAGCCACAGCUUUGCCACCCCCACCAUUCUCAGAAAGAUUUCCUUCUUCUUCUUCUUCUUCUUGAAUUCUCAACUGGGUUUGGUGGUUGGUUCUGAUGUCAGUUUCUCUGCAAGUUCUCACUAGCCUCUGCGCUGUCUCAGUCUCACACCGUUCAUUAACGAAGCCUCACUCUAGUUCUAUCAGAAUUCGAUGUUCCUCUCUCACUGGGUUUCAAGAAAUGUCCACAGAGCCACCCAUGGAGUCCAGAACUGACGAUGUUAUCGAAAUGACACCAACAAAGAAGAAGAAGAAGAAAAAGAGGGACUUUGUACCAAAACAAGAUGACCCAGAAGAAGAAAAACAACAACAACAACAACAAGAGGAGGAGGAAGAAGAAGAAGGAGUUUCUAUUUCGAGAAUAAAAGUGCCGAGGCAGAAGUACAUCCCGGUUUCAAAGGCUGAGUUGUUAGACUCUAUUGUUUUGAAGAUGUUUCAGUCUCAGCAAGAUGAUGGUGAUGGUGAUACCCAACAGUUUCUUCUUCUCUCAUCGUGCUUGGACACCAUUCUUCAUGCUGAACACAAAAGCAUUUUAGAAGAAAUGCGCACUGAUUAUUCCUAUUCUCGUUCCAUAGAAAAAGAAGAAACAAUUAAUGAUGGUUCAGCUACUUCCGACACAGAAGUUGCUGAUGAGGAGGAGACAGAGUCUACUGGGGAUGGCAUUAAUGGAAUUGGGAGCAUGGAGGGAUAUAAGGAGGAAGAGAUCAAAAUUGAUAAGGCUAUUUCUUUCAUCCACAGUCUGGACUUGAGAAAUUUCUUGGGCUCUUCAGACAAAUCUGUCAAGAAAUAUUCUGAUAGUGGGUCCAGAGUUGCUGUUGCUACUCGUUUCCAGCGUGCUUUUAUGCAACUUCUUCAUAAUGCUCAGUUUGAAGAAUUAUCAGCUAGGGAUUUGAUGUUGACAUCUGCACUUAACACAGAUUAUCUCCUUACUUUGCCAAUAUAUGUUGAUUGGAAGAGAGCGUCUGAGUCCAAAGCAAUAAUAUUCAGGCGGGGUUAUGCAACUGAGAGGCAGAAGGGCCUCCUAAUUGUUGAAAAACUGGAUUACAUACAAUCCAAACUUCUGCGAGGAAUUUUUUUCAUUAUAUCAAAACCGUUAGGGAAACUUGGAACCUGGAUAAAUGAGGCUUUGAGAACUGCUAGUCAGACAGAAGAAGUUCAAGAGUGGACAAAGAGAACAAAGCUUUGGCUUAAAGAGCUCUCGGUUUUUCAGCAAUUAUUUCUCAAUAAUCAACAUGCUUCUGAUGAUCUGCUAGGAGUGGAUCAAUUAUCAGAUACAGACCUUCCUAUUUGGCUGGCAGCGCAGAGGGCGGUAAGUCGUUAUGAAGGGAUUUUGUCACCAGUUGGUCCUCGUGGAAGGCUCUUGAGGAAACUGCUUUCAUGGAGUGGACUAAUUCCACCCACACCUGAAACACCGCAUGAGCUUGAUAGUGACAGUAAUGCUCCUGAACUUUACAAGAGGCCCAUUUUCUUAUCAAGGAUAUCACUUAAUGAUAUAUGGAGACCUGCUACAAGGAAAUACUGUGGAAAUGAUCUUUGGAAGAUUUUUAAAACUUCUAUUUCUAUUCUUCUCUCUCAGUCAAUUCUCCAGGAGCCAGCAUUCCAAGAAUUGAUUUUACUUUAUACUGAGGAAGAUGGCAAUAAUGAUGCUGAAAAUAAAGCUGAGGUUCCACCAUUGCAGUUAAAGAUCUUUGAAAGGAUUCCUAUUCCGGAUUUACCAGUCAUCUUCCCCCACAAAAAGCUAUCUUUCCGUAUCAUAGACACGGUACGCUUGGAUGCUGCCACAAUUGUGGGACUUUUGGCAUUCUUCAUAAACUACAAAUUUGAAAACAUCUCAUCUUCUCCAUCAGCAGUAAUUCUUGAUGUGGUUGCUAUAAGUGCUCUUAUAAUUUAUGUGACUCGCGUAGCUCUGGGUUACAAGCAGACAUGGGAUAGGUAUCAAUUAUUGGUCAACAAGACCCUUUAUGAGAAAACCUUAGCAAGUGGCUUUGGCUCAGUGCACUUUCUUCUAGAUGCUUCUGAACAGCAGCAAUACAAGGAAGCCAUUUUGGCCUAUGCAAUCCUGCUCAAAGCAGAGAAUGGCCAGGUCACUUGUCGCCGAAGAGUUGGGGACAAAUGUGAGAGAUUCAUGUAUGAUGCAUUUAAAAUAAAGGUUGAAAUGCCAAUUGACAAGGCAAUUAAUACAUUGUUGAGGCUGGGCUUAGUAACUGAAACUCCUAUUGAUGGAAGCAACAGACUGCAGGCUGUUCCAUGUCCAAAGGCAUGUGAGGCGCUCAAAGAACUUUGGAAUAGUUUGAUCAAAUAAGUUUGAUUCUUCAUAUGUAGGAUCCAUUUUUACCGUAGCUGUCAAAUAUCAAAUUUUGGUGAAAUAUAAUAGAAUAUGGUGUUAUACUUCUCUUUCUUCUUUUUUUUUGGGAGGUGGCGGAAGGGUGUUAAAAGUCAUGUAAAUUUUGAAGUUCUUUCUAUAGGGGUAUCAGAAGGAGUAAAUUGCUUCCGAAUGAACUACAUCAAUAGUAGAAAGGUUUUGAUGGUUA